GACUCUAGAGUUUCGGAGUCCUUCCCUAAAAAAACUCGUCUUCGGGCUUCGCUUCGCCAUGGCCUCCCUCGCCCCCAUCGCCCCACCUUCCGGGGCCUUCCUCCGAGCCCGCCCCGCCGGAACGUCCCGAGCCGGUGCCCCGGGGAAGAGGCUCAUGGCCCACUCAUCUCCGGCGCCCGACGUCGUGGUCACGCGCGAGCUCGGCAAGAACGCCAAACUCGUCGCAGCGCUAGAGAAGCAUAAUGUACAGUCUCUGGAGCUUCCUCUUAUUCAGCACGUUGAAGGCCCUGAUAAAGAUAGGCUUUCAGUUCUCUUGCGUGAUGAAAAGUUUGACUGGAUUACUAUAACAUCUCCUGAGGCAGCCACAGUGUUCCUUGAGGGAUGGAAGGCUGCUGGAAGCCCUAAGGUGCGAAUAGCAGUUGUUGGAGCGGGUACUGCAAGAACUUUUGACAAAGUAUUGCACUCUGAUGAUAGAUCCCUUGAGGUUGCAUUUUCUCCUUCCAAAGCUAUGGGCAAAGUUUUGGCCUCAGAGCUUCCAAGGACUAGUGAGACUACCUGUAAAGUGUUGUAUCCUGCAUCUGUGAAGGCUGGCCAUGAAAUUCAGAAUGGGCUGUCCGCACGAGGGUUUGAGGUAACAAGACUGAACACAUAUACAACUGUACCCAUACAAGACGUAGAUUCACAAAUUUUAAAGCUUGCUCUUUCAGCACCAGUUGUUGCAGUAGCUUCUCCUUCUGCACUCCGAGCUUGGCUAAAUCUCAUGUCACAAGUUGACAAAUGGAGCAACUCGGUCGCUUGCAUAGGCGAGACGACUGCCUCAGCAGCCAAGAAACUCGGCCUGAAUAACAUAUACUAUCCUACCAUCCCUGGACUCGAAGGGUGGGUUGAAAGCAUCCUCGAAGCGCUCAGAGCCCAUAAGCAAUCAUCUAACUGAGUAUGCCCCCAAAAUCUCGAAGACGAGCUGACUGCUGUACGUAGCCUGUAGAAGCAUUUUUUCCGUUCUUUGAGGGGGAGGAGGAACAUGUUGUGUGGACGUCAAGGGUGUUGACACGGUCCGGUCGAAGAGGGCCUGCGGGAUAAGUUGCGUUGCUGAUCAGAAUACCGGGCGCCGUCUGCAACCCACCCACCAAAAGACUCCAACGUUUUUCAGUUUACGGACCUCUUCAGCCGGUGACAAAUUCGUAGCGAUGCUUUUGGCUCCUUGUUGUAUCUGUCAACCUCCUGGAUGGGAAAACGUCCAUGUCCAGAAUGCAAGCAGAGCGCAUUCCUGAAAACAAAGCAAAGCAAAUUAAAGCACACGUCGACGUCUUCGUUGCAGGUCUAA